AAUUGGUCGAAUUUAAAGUGGCGAAGAAAGCGGUUGUUCUGUCUUAUCGUUCUGUGCGUCCAACGUGCGUUUCAAACGGUUUUAUGGCGCGUUACUUGGGCCAUUUAUAAGCAAAGGAGGAUUAAUCGACGGAAGAUUAUCGCAGACUUGUUGCGUGGUCUCCAUACAUGACAGAAUACUAUUAUUAUGUUUAAAUAACAUUACACCGAUUCCAAAAUGACCUCAUCAUUAUCAUUGCUGGCUAGUCACGAUGAAGUGGUUCGUUGUACGAACGUGCUCGUCAAUGGAGCCUGCGAAGAAGAAUUUUUGCAAUUUGCAAUCAAUCAAGAGGAGAUGCGACAAAAAUGGCUGGCAUCUAUUCAAGAAUGCCAGCGUCUUCAUUCAGCUUUAGAGAAAGCUCACCAAGAAGCAGCAGAUUUAGAUCGUAAAUUAAGUCAUGCUAGGAGACUCCUAGAUGAAGAAAAACGAAAGAGAAGGACCGUGGAGGAGCAAAGAAAUUCAUUGGAAAGACAAAUUAGUAUGGCUAGGGACUUAUUAUUCAAUGAUGGCGGAAGAAAUUUAAAUGAUGAAACCAGGGAGAAGUUACAAUUCUUAAAUAAUACUACAUUGAAUGGGCGUCAUAGUAACAUACAUAUUAAAGAUUUACAGCAAAAUGAUAAAUUAAAUACUAUAGCGGAGCUGGACUCCACUGGCUCCAUAUUAAGCGACUUAAGUUGCUUUUCAAAGUCAGAAGAUGAUUUAGAUACCAGUGUACUCAUUCAACAAAGUCAAAAGAAACGUGAAUGGAAAGAACACAGACCUAGUGGUGAAUAUUCUGCAAAGAAACGCCGUAGUAAUGUACAAAAGAUUGCAGAAUUAAAUACAUCUGAUAGGAUAGUAGCUACAACAACUGUAGUUGUACCUAAAGAAGGAGCUAUCACUGCAUCUUCUGUAAUCGAAGCUAUACCAGGAAAUGAAAAUGCAGAUCCAGAGGGUUCACUACCCAGCUCAGCCAAAAAGCGCAAAAGCGGUGAUCGCAGUAAAUCAAAAUUAACACCUGUUAACACAAAUAAUGAACAGAUAAAUGCUACACCCUCUGCACCGAAAGCUGAUAUCCUUACAUCAGGAUCAGAUUCUGAGGGUAUUUUUAAACCUAGUCCUAAUAUAGGGGGAUAUACUUUAAAUACAAAAUCUGCUAGGGGUCAUAGUUUCAUAGCUAAAACAGUGAUUAAGCCAGAAGUUUGCACAUCCUGUGAUAAAAGAAUUAGGUUUGGUAAAGUAGCUUUAAAGUGCAGAGACUGUAGAGCUACAGCUCACACAGAAUGUAAAGAAAUGGUACCAUUACCAUGCGUACCCACUGGAAAUACACCUACUUUACGUGGCACUUCAGGAACCAUAGCAGAUUAUACACCUAUGAUUCCACCAAUGGUACCAUCAUUGGUUGUUCAUUGCAUCAACGAAGUGGAAUUAAGAGGAAUGAGUGAACAAGGAUUGUAUAGAGUAAAUGGUGGUACAACAGAAGUAAAAUGUCUGAAAGAAAAGUUCCUCAAGGGCAGAGGUGCUCCCAAUCUUACUGAAGUUGAUAUUGCCACCAUAUGUUCUACUCUUAAAGAUUUUCUCAGGUCUUUGCGGGAACCAUUAAUUACUGUAGGAUUAUGGGCGGACUUUGUUCGCGCCACUACUAUUAACGAUAAACAGGAUGCUGACGCUGCUUUAUAUCAGGCGAUUUCAGAAUUACCUCAGCCUAACAGAGAUACUCUCGCUUUCCUAAUAUUACACCUACAAAGAGUAUCAAGCAGCCCUGAAUGCAAAAUGCCUAUAAGUAAUCUGGCCAAAGUUUUUGGACCCACACUGGUGGGUUAUAGUUGUCAAAACCCAUCGCCAACUUCCUUGCUCACAGAGACCAGAAAUCAAGUUGCGAUAGUUGAAAAUCUGUUGAAAAUCCCUUCUGAUUAUUGGGCAAAUUUCGUCAACCCUGAAAAUUUAAGCAAUAUUGUUACUCAUAAGACUGCUGAACUAAGACAUACACCAUCUACUGAGUCUUUACUCAAACGUAGUACCUCUCGCGGUUUCUUUAAUACUCCUCUUGCGUCUGGUCGGUCUUUUAUAAGGAGAAACAAAAAAUACUUUGCAACACCUCCUUCGAAAGCAGGUUUCUAAAGAGAAUUGGUAUGUAAAAUAUAUUAUUUAAGCCGAAAUACAAAAAUGGCUGAAUUAAUUGUGGAUUAUUUAAAUAUAAUUACACUUUAGUAUUUACAAAUGUGCAACACAAUAAUUCUGUUUUGUUCGAGAACCUGCAAAUAACUUUAUGUAAUCUGGGUUAAAAAUAAGUUCUAUUAGGUUUCUAUUAUUAGCGUGCCGAAUUUAAAGAAAUUAAACUAUUAGUAAUAUAAUGCAUUAAAUAUCGUUGUUCGGUACAUGUGUACAGAUGUUACCAAUGAUAACCUCAAUAUUUUUAAAGAAUUGAGACUAAAAUGUAGUUAUAUCUAAAUUU